AUGAAGUUGUCCUGGAUGAAGAAUGACUGCAGAUUUUCCAGCGUGUUCUGUGAGAACUCUAAGAAGCUUAUCAACGUGCAUGCCUUUGCUCUGGCUGCUAAAUAUUACUCUUUGUCAAACCUUGGACUGUGUACAUCAUUAGAAGAGAUACUUGAAGCACUGAGAGGGGAACAUCAAGAGAGAAAUGACAUUGAAACUGAUGAGUUCAUGAAUAAUAAGAAAUCACAUGAAGUGCGGGUGAUGUCGGAGCUGAUAGACAACAUAGCAAAUUAUUGUGGUAUAAAGCAGGUGAUUGAUAUAGGUUCUGGAAAGGGCUACCUGAGUUCCUUUUUGUCUAUGUGCUAUAACUUAAAAGUUUAUGGAAUUGAUUCGUCAAACACCAACACUGAUGGCGCUCGUGAGAGGAACAGGAAAUUGAAGAAACACUGGAGAGCGUAUCAGAGUCGAGCAAGAGCAAAUCUCAAAAGCCAGAGGUUGGAAGAGGUGAAUGAUAGGCCAGUGCAAAAUGAAGUUAAAUGUAAAGCAAGUAUAAAUGAAAACCCCGUAAAUAAUAACAGCAGUCUUCAAAGUCAAGACCAAGUGACUACCCAAGGUUUAGUUCCUUCUGAUGUUUUUACAGAAAUAGCUACAUCUGAAACCAACAAACAAACUGAAAUUAAUUUGAUGGCUCAGACGCAAUCUGAUGAGAGCAAACUUUCUGAAAAUGUUCUUGCUAUUCUGAAUGUUCUGCCUCCUGAUGCUGUUGAAGUUUUUGCUUCAUCUCAGUGUGACUGUGGGGAGCUCUGUGAAGAGGAAAAGGCACAAAGAAAAAUGGCAUCUCUCAAGGCUAAAGCAAGCAAGUCAAGUGAAUCAAACCUUUAUUUUCCAUUGACCUCCUACAUCACUGCAGAAACGGAGCUCAGUGACAUCAUUACAGAUCUGGAGGACUCUAUAAUGGUGGGUCUACAUACAUGUGGGGAUCUUGCUCCAAAUACAUUACGAAUUUUUAUUGCCAAGCCUGAAAUCAAAGCAGUUUGCAGUGUAGGCUGCUGCUACCAUCUGUUGUCAGAACAGUAUGAAAACCAAGAAGAUUGCACAGAGGAAGUAUGGGGAUUUCCCAUGUGUCAGUACUUGAAGGAUGAGGGCUGGUGCUGUGGUCGCAAUGCUAGAAUGUCAGCAUGCUUGGCCUUGGAGCGAGUUGCGGUUGGCCAAAUGCUGCCUACAGAAUCGUUGUUUUAUCGAGCUGUUCUUCAGGUUAUUAUAGAAGAAAUUUAUGGUGUCACGAAAAGUGAUCGACAUGUUGGAAAAAUGUUCUCCAAGUCCGCUUCCUUCUUAGACUAUGUCAGAAAGUCUCUGAAAAAACUGGAACUAGAUGAUUCAAAGCUCCCAGACAGCUGUAUAAUGGAUUACUAUGAAAAAUACAAGCACAGAAUGAAUGAGCUCGAAGCAUUUAAUAUGCUGAAGGUUGUUCUGGCUCCCUGCAUAGAAGUUUUGAUACUUCUGGAUCGUCUUUGCUACCUCAAGGAGCAGGACAACAUUGCUUGGUCUGGACUUGUGAAGUUGUUUGAUCCGGUGAAAUCCCCCAGAUGCUAUGCAGUUAUUGCUCUGAAGAAACAGUCAUGUUUUUAAGUGGAAGCAAACUGCAGAUAGGUUGAAGUCUCUGAACUGAUACUGCUAUUUCCUCACUUUUAUUCUGUUAUUUUUAAGUGAUUCCUCAAGUACACUGGUGCAUUUGGUAACUGUUUGGUUUAUAUCUGCAGAAGUAAAAACGUAAUGCCUCUGUGAAUCAUGAGAAAUUAUAAAUAGUGAGCUGUAGCUCCUUUAUAAAUACCACUGCUUCCUUAUGUCAGUUAUUAAAUAAAGUUUAAGAUCUGAUUUUAUCAUAAAAGUUAUGACCCAUAUGAUAUGAUUAGUGUUUUAAAAUAGCUUUAAUGUUUCUUGUUCAUUAUACUUACGUAUCAGUGUUCCUUCUCUUGAUAAUUUCUUCUUUUAAUUGCAAGAUCAUUGUUCUGCAUACCUUCUCGAUUGUUACCAGUGGCUGGGAUCAGCUGUCUCAGACUAGCCUUGCCUUUGUCUUUUCUGGAUUCAGAUUCUGCACAGUUUAAAAAGAAAAUUAACCUAUACUGUAGACAAGAGGUGGUUAAACUGAAUGGGAUGUUGGUACUUUCCUGUUCUCCGAGGUAUCAGGACCAGCUUUCUUAUGCAACAACCUAGAAGAACCUAGGGCUUUUCUAAUGCUAGGUUUUGUAUUAACGAGUACUUAACGAAUGGUUUUGUAUUAACCCCUAAUGGAAAACAUGUUAGUAUUAUUUGUAUAGUGGGACUGUAGUGGACAAUGAUAAUCAUGGAAAUUAGACUGAGAUUCAUAUCUGAGUAGAAACAAAUUUUAGUCAGUUUCAGUCUGCAAAAUGUAAUGAGAGCUUUUGAACUGGGCUAUUCAAGAAAAGAAGGUAAGGUAUCUUUCUAAUGUGCCACAUCUUUCUUGAUGUGUUGUUCACUUGGAAGAAAUAUUUUUUGGUAGCGUUAAGUUCACUGCUUUCUGCUUCAGGACUCGCAAUCCUUGUUAGGUCCAUGGAUCCAGUUUGAGCUUCUCACAUUUGUUUAAUUUCAGUAGGUUCAAUCCUUAGAGGUGCUGAACACCUGCAGUACCCAAGGAAGCUAACAGCAGUUGCAUGUGCUCACAGCAUCUCAGGAGUAGAGCUAAGAAAAGAAAAUGGGGCGUUCCAUGUGUGUGACUUUUUUUAUUGCACAGGGAGGACUAAGCAAACUAGCAAGCUGAUAGAUUUCUUUCUCAGGAGAGGAAGCAAAAGAAAUGAAAAACUUCUUAACCUCUAAGCAUCUGGCAGGAAAAAAAAAAGCAUUUGAUAUA